CACUUAUCCGUCUAUCCUUGCACAAAACAAGAAGGGAAGACCAGGCCAACCGAAGCUCUCUUCCUUGUUCAAACCCCACCCUUCUCCCUUUCUUCACUGACACCUUUCCUCCUUUCCCACUUCUCUCUUUCCGACCCUCUAACACUCUAUGUCUGGGGAGAAUAGAGAGCUCUACCACCAUGGCCACCACUUCCUCCGAGACCGCGGCGAUCUGCCGUUCCACGACGAUCUCUCCUCGUUCCUCUCCCAGAGGCCCAGCGGCGCCACCCUGCAUGACUUGCAAGGCCACGAUCUGCAAGCUCCCUCACCGUACAUGAGCUUCACCGACUACCUGCAUGGCUCAUCGGAUUAUGGGUUGCUUGCCAAGGCCUUCGAUAUGUCGUACCCUUCGCCCGAGCUACUCGGUCCCCGCGAUGGGGGGGCGGUGAAGCAAGAAUUGGUGGUGGAUACCAAUAUUACUGCUAAUCUGAAUGUUUCUACCGGGGGUGGUGGCGGCGGUGGCACGACGCCGGCUACUCCCAACUCUUCAGUCUCUUCAUCAUCCACCGAGGCGCAAGGCGAAGAGGACUCGGGGAGGUGGAAGAAGGAUCAGCAGAAGGUGCAGGAGGAGGAGGAGAAGCAGCAGAUUAAAGAGGGUGAGGAUGGGGGCGACAAGACUAAGAAAGUGAACAAACCAAGGAAGAGAGGAGAGAAGAGACAAAGGGCGCCACGCUUCGCCUUCAUGACAAGAAGCGAAGUAGAUCAUCUUGAAGAUGGAUAUCGGUGGAGAAAGUAUGGCCAGAAGGCAGUCAAGAACAGCCCUUAUCCAAGGAGCUAUUACCGGUGCACGACACAGAAGUGCUCGGUGAAGAAAAGGGUGGAGAGAUCAUAUCAAGAUCCAACAAUCGUGAUCACAACGUACGAAGGUCAGCAUACCCAUCAAAGCCCUGCAACCAUUCGAGGGAGCACCCACAUCUUAGCACCUCCACCAACAGUGCCUACGAGCUUCCGUCAGGACCUUCUGAUCCACCACCAAAUGCCUCAACUGAACGCUGGUAGCCAGCAAAUGCAAGGGGAUGCAAACCCUAACGUGUACCUGCCAACCCUACCCACUCCACUUCAGCAGCUGCAGUUCCCUGACUAUGGUCUCUUGCAAGACAUUGUUCCAUCCUUCAUCCACAACAAGCAGCCAUGAUAAUAUACUUCAUCCCCCCUUGUCUCCCCCUCAUCUGUAUGCCUCUACUCUUGCUGUACAUGUACCUAAUUUUAAGCGUGUGGACUUAUCUGCUAUGGUAUAGAUGGAGCAAUGUAUUUAUCUUUCCGACGAAUUCAAAUGGAGAAUAUUCUCCUUGUUUUUUUGAAA